GAUGGGGUGGAGUUUUGCUGGGUGAAGGCUGGUGGCUGCAUGUUACCCCCUAAAUCCAGCAGGACGUCCCCUCUGUGACGUGACGUGGGAGGGGUGUCCCGCACAAGCACCACUUUAAAAACCAUCAGCAAAGAUGCACCAUAACAACAGAGAGAACUUUUCCAAAAUAAGACUUGAGAAGAGAGGAAAAGUUUCAGUAGAAAAAAAAGCAGGAGUCUGUGAAUUCUGACAUUUCUUCUGGACUUGAAGCGACCAAUGUGGCUGCUCGGAUCUACAUCCCAAAUGAUGAUGAUGAUGGAUGAGCGCGUCUCUCCCUCCGCACGUUCCGUGCAGAGCCCGGGAACCAACCCGUCCACCGUCCACAGCAUCGAGGCCAUCCUGGGCUUCAAAGAGGACACCAUCUUCCACCAGUCAGCCUCUUACACCGGGACACAGAAAGACCCGGACCGCAGCGGGAAUGUUACUGUGACCCAGAGGAAGAAAAGUCAUUACACUGACAGUUGUGACACAGGUGUGUGCACCGGCGAAGCUUCCGCAGGUCCGGACUCACCGGACAGAGACGGCAAGCUGUCCGACGACGAGAACCAGAAAAAGAAACACCGCCGGAACCGAACCACCUUCACCACCUUCCAGCUCCACGAACUGGAGCGGGCCUUCGAGAAGUCCCAUUACCCGGACGUGUACAGCAGAGAGGAGCUGGCCCUAAAGGUCAACCUACCGGAGGUCCGAGUGCAGGUGUGGUUUCAAAACCGACGAGCCAAGUGGCGUCGUCAGGAGAAGCUGGAGGUGAGCGCCACCAAGCUGCAGGACACCCCUUCCCCCUCUCUUCUUUCUUUUGGCCGAUCCACCACCAGCUCCCUGGGCUCCGGGCUGCCGCUGGAGCCCUGGCUCUCCACCCCUAUCACAUCUUCGGCCCCUCUGCAGUCGCUGCCGGGCUUCAUCAGCGGCUCACAGACCCUACCAGGGGCCUACGCUCCCUCUCCUCCCCCAUCCAUGCCUCCUUCCUUGCCAGCGUCAAUAUUCAACUCCCCAGCCCUGGGACACAGUCCUCACCUUUCCCACAUCAGUUCUAUGUGCUCCCUGCCACCCACAUACCAGUGCUCAGCCAACCCAAGGAACUCCAGUAUAGCCUCGCUGAGGAUGAAAGCCAAGGAGCACAUUCAGUCUAUUGGGAAGACGUGGUGAUGCCAAACGAAGGGUUAAGAUGGACAUGCACAUCCAGAAGACGGUGAUUUGAAAAGAUUUUAUCUUUCUGCAGAUCGGAUUGUAAAAUUCUGGACACCCGGACAUCCCAAUGCCAAGGAAAAAAAACGGUCAAAAUCCUGAUAAUCGAUACAUAAGUUCCUGAAACAAUGUAAAAAAAAAAAAAGUUCAGUGACUUUAAAUCAUAAAUACAGUUAUUUGGAUGUACUCUCCAUAUAAUUUUUUUUAUGUUAGAAAAUUGAUUCAACUGUGAUGUUCUGUUUUAUUUUAAUCUUUUCUCAUUAUGGCAAAGAGUUUUGUUAUCAGUAAAACAAACGUGUAAC